AUGGCUAGUGUGCUGCGUUUGUUUUUGGUGAUGAGGAUAACCUCAGCAGUAUGUUUCAUUUCAGCCGCUACAUUCAAGAACCGGCCUUUCGCAAUGACUGGAGUGGUGCUUUUCCAGUGUUUGCUUCUAACUUUCUUUAUUAAUAUCUGGGCCCAGACAUUGAAUAACGAGCCGAUUUGUGCGCGCGCGAAGGAUUGCGGCGAGUGCAUCGGUACACAUCCACGCUGUUCUUGGUGUUUUGAUGAUGUGUUUGAUGAUACAAAAGAAGGGCCCGGGUACCGAUGUGCUCCUCCUCACAUUCUGCUCGAACGUGGUUGUCAUGAGUCAAAAAUAGAAAACGUUACAUCGCUGAUACUACCUUCGGAUGAUGGAGACGCACUUCCCCCUGUAUCUGAGGAUAUCCAGUUGACUCCACGGUCACAGCACGUCAGAGUUCGACCUAACGAGGCGCUGGUGGUCAACUUCACCUUCCAAUCCAUCUCCGACUAUCCAGUGGAUUUGUACUUUCUCAUCGAUCUCAGCUACACUAUGAGCGAUGAUCUAGAGACCGUGUCACAAUUGACCAAUGAUAUAGUACUUACGAUGCGGAAUGUAACUAAGAAGCUGCACAUGGGAUUCGGUGCCUUUGUCGAUAAGCCGGUUUUCCCGUUUGUGGUCCCCACUCCGGAAUAUUUGCGUAAUCCUUGCCUCAAUGUCGGUUCAAAGGUCUUGCAAUGCGAUCCUCCGUUUUUGUACAAACAUAUCCUACCGUUGACCGACAACUACGAGGAAUUUCAAAAGAAAACAAAAGUUACCAGGCCCUCAGGUAAUCUGGACAGUCCCGAAGGUGGAUUGGACGCUCUGCUUCAGGUCGCUCGCUGUGGAGAGUUCAUCAAAUGGCGUUCUAGCGCUCGUAAGAUUGUCCUGUUCGCUUCCGACGGUGGUUUUCAUCUGGCAGGUGAUGGUCGAAUCGCUGGCUUGAUUCGUCCUCCUCCAACUACAUGUCAGCUGACAUAUCAAGCCGACAGAUUCAAUUCAUCCUUGAGCUAUUACGGCUGGCAUACGGCUGAUCAAACGGAUUAUCCAAGUGUUGGAGAGAUCGCUCAAGUGCUAAUUGAAAAGGACAUCAGCGUGAUCUUCGCGGUGGACACCAAACUACAUGCUCUGUACACCAAGCUGGCGUCGUUUUUGCCCAGUGCCGCUGUCGGUAUCCUCUCCGAUAGUUCAACCAACAUUGUGCGCUUGUUGCGGGACAAUUACGAUAAGAUUGCCAACAAAGCCGAAUUGAUGACAACUUACGAUGCCGAAUACUUGGAAGUUCAGAUUCUCACCAAAUGCAAUCUAGAGAACGAGUUUAGCAAGAAGACAGUGUGUGAUGAUCAUCCGGUCGGUGGGCGCAUUGAAUAUCAGAUUUCCGUAAAACCAAAAAGAUGUUUUCCGGGAAGGAAGACUGUCGGCUUGAAGAUGGUCGCUCUGGAUGAUCAAGCUCUUCUUGAAGUGGAGUCUGCCUGCGAUUGUCCCACGUGCCAGCAGCUGCCGCGUCCGGAUUACUCUGCUCCACCUGCAACACGGUGUCAAUCACGGGGAUAUCUGCAUUGCGGUUCAUGCCAUUGCCAAUCUGGAUUCUCCGGAGACUUUUGUGAAUGCUCUGCUGAGACGAGCGCAGGUGGUGAGGCGGCCAUGAUUGCACAGUGCACCCAAGAGGGAGCGAAAGAGCCUUGUUCCGGUGGUCGUGGGCGGUGCAUUUGUGGCAAGUGCAAAUGCAAUCUGGCUCGCUAUGAGGGCGAAUUUUGCGAAUGCGAUCGCCACGGAUGCAAGCGGGCCUCGGAUGACAACCAGGUGUGCGGUGGACCACAGCGCGGUGUGUGCCAAUGCGAUGGGACAUGUGUUUGCAAACCCGGUUACACUGGGGACCGUUGUGAUUGCAUGGAGAGUGAGAAGCAGUGUAUCGACCCCAACAAUCCAUCGGGUCCUCGUUGCUCCGGCCGAGGAGUCUGUGAUUGUGGCCAGUGCUUUUGCAACAGCGGUUACACCGGGCAUCUUUGCAAUGAAAUCCAAGGCGGCGAAUCUGCCCUGUGUACGGAUCGGGAUGUGGAGAAAUGUGUCCUCUGUCUUCGUGACUCACUCAUCAAAGAGUUUGAAAAGGCCGAGUCAAGGGAAAUCGGUCCACAAUCAGCCUCUACCUUGACACCAGUAACGCAGCUUGGCGAGGAUGUAGUGUACGCAUCUCCUGAGUAUGCAGCGGCCGCGGUUACCUGCAGCUCCGCUUGCAACGGCACAGUGAUUGACACGGCUCGAGUCAAACUUAUGGAUAACAAUGAACAAAAAGAUGACUCAAAUCUGUGCAUCAUUUACACCGAUGACAACUGUCGAGUCUUCUUCACCUACCGGUACUCGGACGCCAUUUAUGUGAACCGUAAAGUGGACUUGAAUAUCAUGCGUAAAAGUGAAUGUGUGAAAACCAUUAACAUAUUGUAUAUCGUGCUCGGAGUGAUCGCAGGCAUCGUGCUCGGUUGUCUCAUCUUGCUGCUCAUUUACAAAUUGGUCAUCACCAUUGACGACCGACGAGAGUUGGCCAAAUUCGAGCAGCAGAGGGAAAUAUGCGUUGGGAGAUGGCCGAGAAUCCGAUAUUCGAGUCGCCCACCACGAAGGUGAUCAAUCCGACGUACGAAGAGAACGAUUAUUAGCCACAGUCCCCGGGAUGUGUUGACCAUAAUCUGCCUUCAAAAACUCGCAUGUCUCGUCUCUGUUGCGAAACUAUCCUUCCCUCUUGUUCCCCAGUGGUCCAUUCCACAUGUAUUAUAUGCUCUCGUCAACAUGCGCCGUGAUGUUGUUCCCACGUAGUCGCGUCCCUUGUGCAUUUUUACACUCAUUUUUAAUUCGCCUCUACUUGUCCGCUUUUUGUGUUUACGGUACUUCCAAUAUUUUUAGCUUUUUUCUGCAUGCGAACCUUUUCGGUCUCCCCUCCACUGCGACCCAUGCUGACUAACUACUACCGCGCCCUUCAGUCAUUGCUAUCCGAUAGUACUUGCUUAAUCACAAUAUACAGCUAAGUUCGUUC